AUGAAGAAAAAGAAGAUUGUUGCCAUUGGUACUUUAUGUAUUCCGCACGAGAUUAUCUUUGAAAUUCUAAAAAAGAUUCCUGUCAAGUCUCUAAUGCGUUUUAGAUGCGUUUCGAAAUCCUUUUGCUCCCUUAUAUCAGAACCCUUAUUCAUUGAAGCACAUCAAAAGUUGUCCACUGCUCAAUUUCAUGUAAGUUGCUCAUCUUUGGCGACUCGCGAAAAUGUCAUUCAGUACUUUAAUCAGUCACGUUUCAGUAAGCUUCACUCUCUAGCAUCUACCAAUGGCUUAGUUUGUCUAUGGAACUUUUAUGGAGAAGUUGCUGUUUGUAAUCCUUUUACACAAGAACAUAUCUUUCUUCCUAAUCAACGACCUUCAAUCACUUGUUGCUCCCUGGGUUUUGAUCCCACCACCAAGAAAUAUAAAGUAAUCAAGGCACAGUACUAUAUACUAGAUGAUCGAGAUUAUUCAUGUAAAGUGAGAUAUUGGAUUUACACUAUCGGGGUGGACAAAUUGUGGAGGGAGAUUCCUGACUGCGCCAACAUUUUCCCUAUAUACAAUUUUGUUUAUAUCGGCGGAGUCAUUUAUUGUGUAAAUAGGCUUUCAAAGCCUUACAAUAUAGCUGCAUUCAGUGUUGAAAAUGAAAAGUUAAUUAGAAUGAUUUUGUCCCCUGAUGAGGUAUCGACUUCAAAAUCUCCACCAAAAAUAGUAGAAAUAAAGGGACAAGUUGCACUUGUAGAUCAAAGAAAGUUUGGAGGCGAUGACAAGGUUAGUUUGUAUGUUCUUAAUGGUACUGGUGAAACUGAGACAUGGGUGAAACAUAUAAUUGCGCUGCCAUUAGAGUUAAUAAACACAAAAUAUUUGCCUUUAUUUAACACUAACCCUAAGGGAGAGAUUACAUUGAAUACAAACAGUAGUACGAUUUGGCAAAUGUUCUUAUAUGACAUUGCAAAGAAAGAUUGGAGAAAAGUUGAUAUACAUGGAAUUUGUGAACGAGUACACCGUGUGAGUUGGGUUGGUGUUUUGCUAAAUCUUGUGGAGAAUAUUUGGUCCUUGAAAUAA